AGGGGUGUCUCGACGCCCCCAUUCCACACCAGCCUCCCUUCUUCAGACCCCUCAAUCAGUUCUGGACAGUUCCUGGAAGCUUGCUCAACUCUACUCCUUCACUGGCUAUUCCAUCCUUCAUUUUUCCAAGUCAGAUCUUCGCCCCUUUUUUUCCUCUUCUGAGUGGGGUUGUUCCUGUGCUGUGUACCAUUCCUACAAUUGGCUGAAUUUCUGCCAUUUGGCCAUUAUUUUUCCUUUUGUUUUCUUUUGGCCUGAGAUUUCUUCAUCUCCUUUUGUUUUAACUUUCCCUUUUUCUCCAUUGGUUGUUUUGUGGCUCGUCUCUCUUUUCAUCUCGUUGGCUGUGUUUUCGCUCUUGUCGUCUGUUACCCACACCAUGGCCCGUCCUCUGGCUCUGGAGCCGAUAAGAGGGCAUUUGGGUGUUAAGAGUUCCCUAAAUGGGAGUGCAGACUUUGACAGACUUAGUUUUAUGGGGGAACAGCAUCCUCCACCUCCCCUCCACAGUUACCUGUGGCUAACAAUCCUCACCUGCUUCUGCCCUGCGUACCCAGUCAACAUUGUAGCUCUGGUCUUUUCAGUACUGUCCAGGAAAAGUUAUGAGUUGCAAGACUAUGACGGCUCGCGACGACUCGGUCAGAAAGCUCUCCAAGUGGCCAUCGCCUCCAUCAUCAUCGGCCUCCUCAUCAUCGCCAUAUUUAUCAUCGUUCACUUCACCACGUAUAAAUUGUAGAAGAGUUGCGCGGUGUGCCUGGAAAAAGCCAAACAAAUUAAAUGUCGCUCUCAAAGACAUGGACUAUGGACACCUCUCUGAAUGGACUAUGACAAGGGUUCUGGGGCCCCGGAUUUGGCAGUAAUCUCCAUCCUCAAGAAUGGGACUCCACUCCAGGUGUGGUAUCCAUCUUUUCUUGCUGUCACACAUGCUCCACACCCAGCCUUUCUACUCUUUCAUCUGGGAGAAGAACUUAAGAAGCAAGACUCUGCUUUUGAAAGACUGUAUGGAACACUGACCUCUGGAUCACAUGAUUACCCGCAGCACAAACCUUGGGCACGCAUGCACGCACACAGACACACACACAGUUUUGUAUUGCUAUCUUUGUGGGGACCAAAGAAUUGAUUCCCAUCCAAAAUCCUAUUUUCCCUCACUUCUAAAUAUAAUUCUAACCUCAACCUUAAGCCUAACCUUAACCCCAAACCCUAAAACUAUACCUAACCCUAACACUAACCCUAAUUGCAACCCUAACGCUAAACCUAAACCCUAAGCCUACAAUAGCGUUUUUCCUCGUGGGGACCAGCAAAAUGUCCCCACUUGUCUGAAUUUUCCUUGUUUUACUAUCCUUGUGAGGACUUCUGGUAAAUAAACACACAUACACACACAUUAUAAGAGGAAGAAACACCUGCCCAUUCCUGUGUGCAUUUAUUGAUAAUGUGGGCUGUUGGACGAGUGAACAAUUACUUUUUGCAGCGGUAACUGUGUGGUCACUGUAGCACUUACAUGCUGACAAUUACUGUAUUUAUGGUGCUUUCAAGACAACCGGGAACUCUGGAAAAAUUAGGUCAAAUCAUGAUAUCAGGGAUUUUCAGGUCGGAUAGUCAGAGUUCUAGAAGGAUCCCAGAGUUUCCGAAUUGGAAUUCCGAGUUGGAUGACCAGUCAAAACUAUUUUCCCAGUCGGAGCUAUUUUUUUCCAGCUGUCUUGAAUGCACUGAACUGAAGUUGGAAGUAGGAGAUUUCCAAGUACCCAGUUGUUCUGAACGUGGCAUUAUUGUGCCACUUGGGAUGUUUGAUGUGUCAAUCACGUAACUGUCGAGUGUUUACUGUCAUAAAUGUCUUUCACUUAUUUACUUGAUAUUACAUCUGCCAAAUAUGUACAGUGCAUUCUGAAAGUAUUCAGACCCCUUCCCUUUAUCCACAUUUUGUUAUGUUAAAGCCUUAUUAUAAAAUGUCCUCCUCAAUCUACACACAAUACCCCACUAUGACAAUACGAAAACAGGUUUUAUUUUUGCAAAUGUAUUACAAACAAAAAUCAGACCUUAUUUACAUAAGAAUUCAGACCCUUUGCUAAGAGAUUCAAAAUUGAGCUCAGGUGGAUCCUGUUUCCAUUUAUCAUCCUUGAGAUGUUUUACAACUUGAUUGGAGUCCACCUGUGGUAAAUUCUAUUGAUUGGACAUGAUUUGGAAAGGCACACACCUGUCUAUAAAAGGUCCCAUAGUUAACAGUACAUUUGAGUGCAAAGACCUGUCUAUAUGAGGUCCUACAGUUGACAGUGCAUGUCAGAGCAAAACCAAGCCAUGAUGUUGAAGGAAUUCUCUGUAGAGGUCCGAGAUGUUGAGUUACACAUUUAUGGAAGGGUUCUAAAAGACGUCUGCAGCAUUGAAGGUCCCCAAGAACACAGUGGCCUCCAUCAUUCUUAAAUGGAAGAAGUUUGUUACCACCAGGACUCUUUCUAGAGCUGGCUACCUGGCCAAACUGAGCAAUCUGGGGAGAAGCACGUUGGUCAGGGAGGUGACCAAGAAUCUGAUGGUUACGCUGACAAACCUGAGUUCCUUUGCGGAGAUGGGAGAACCUUCCAGAAGGACAACCAUCUCUGCAGCACUUCACCAAUCAGGCCUUUAUGGUAGAGUGGCCAGACGGAAGCCACUCCUUAGUAAAAGGCACGUGACAGCCUGCUUGGAGUUUGCCAAAAGGCACCUAAAUGACUCUGACCAUGAGAAACAAGAUUCUCUGGUCUGAUGGAACCAAGAUUGAAAUAUUUAGCCUGAAUGCCAACCGUUACAUCUGGAGGAAACCUGGCACCAUCUCUAUGGUAAUACAUAGUGGUGGCAGCAUCAUGCUGUGGGGGUGUUUUUCAGCGGCAGGGAGAGGGAAACUAAUCAGGAUCGAAAGAUGAACGGAGCAAAGUACAAAGAGAUCCUUGAUGAAAACCUGCUUCAGAGCGCUCAGGACCUCAGACUGGGAGCAGACGGUUCACCUUCCAACAGGACAAGGAUCCUAAGCACACAGCCAAGACAACGCAGGAGUGGCUUUGGGACAAGUCUCUGAAUAUCCUUAAGUGGCCCAGCCAGAGCCCAGACUUGAACCCGAUCAAACAUCUCUGGAGAGACCUGAAAAAUAGCUGUGCAGCGACCUUACCCAUCCAACCCGGCAGAGCUGGAGGGAAUCUACAGAGAAGAAUGGGAGAAACUCCCCAAAUACAGGUGUGCCAAGCUUGUAGCGUCAUAUCCAAGAAGACUUGAGGCUGUAAUCGCUGACAAAAGUGCUUUAACAGAGUACUGAGUAAAUAAUACUCAUGUAAAUGUGAUGUCAGUUGUUUAUUUUUUACAAAUUUAAAAGCAAAAACCUGUUUUUGCUUUGUCAUUAUGGAGUAUUGUGUGUAGAUUGAUGGGGAAAAAACGAUUGAAUAAAUUUUAGACUAAGUCUGUAACGUAAUAAAAUGUGUAAAAAGUCAAGUGGUCUGAAUAUUUUCCCAAUGCACUGUAUGUGUAGGAGUGUUUCUUUCUCAUGUAAAAAAGAAAAAAACUAAACAGAAUGACAAUACAGGAAUAACAACUUUAUACCGACAGAAUGUAACAUAUUAGAAUAGCUACAUAAUAAAGAUGAAUUAGUAACAAAUGUCUUUAAAAAAACUAAGAUUUGGGUUUAUGUUCAUGUUUGCCAUUGACAGGGCAUAUGAAGGGUUUAGGAGUUGUUCUGAGAGUUGUUUAGUUUUGGUCACAGAUAGCUCAGGUUGAACACAGAUGGUCUUAAUUACUGCCCACAACCUGCUCUGGCCCUCAUUCACCCAUCUCCCAUUCCCCCUGGCUCUCCCCUAGUCCCCUGCAAUCUGCCGAGUCGGAAGGAUCCUGUAGUUUGAUAUGUAACAGUAUCGCCCAUCACUGGCUAAAUAUAGGGACAGAUGUCCCCCUGUGUGCUGGUGUUGGGCUGCAUGACACGCUAGCCUGCUGUGUUCUGCCAAGUGUAGCUCACAUGGACAAGAGCUGACUCAGCUACUACCUGUUGAGUCCCACUAUCACACUGGCGCGUUUUGGACUAACCCCUUUUAAACAUUGUGUGUUUGAGCUACAGUCUUCCAGUUGUACCAUUGGAUUUGUCUAUUCUUCUGUAUCCGCUGAUACCAACCAUUAGUAUGUGUGAUUAACAGGGGCUGAGUUAGAGCAGUGAUUGUGAGACAAGCGUAGAAGGGGUCCGAGGCGGGGUCAAGGGGCGGUUCUUCUCAUAAAAAACGUCUGUAUAGUCCGAAUGGUGAACUACAAACUAUUAUGAACCAUCUAUGAAGAGCUGAGACUCUGACGUUUUGCUCUAUGGCGCUCACAAGCUACACACCAGUCCUUAGAAGGUAAGGGGUUCUUCAACAUAGAAGAUCAUAGGAAAUCCCAGGAAAUAAUGUCUAUAGUACUGUAAUAAGCUCACAUAGUUUCUGUAACAAACUCCGAAAUCCACACAGUUGUCACUGACUAGUUGGACAUUCAUUACCCACCGAGUAAACAAUUUCUGUACUUAAGGCAUUCUUAUAAAUUCAUUUUUUUAUUCGGUUUUUGCUUGGCAGGCCUUAUUUGUUUAUUGACAUUUGUCAAUAAAACUCAUGAAUGCAACUGUUUAUGUCAAAUGAUUUUGUAUUCUACUUGUAGGCCUGGUUGUCCUGAAAAGAAAAUGGUAAAAUGCUUCCAUGCGAGGCUACAUUUCAGCUUGCUGUGAGAGGCCUGGUUUCUAUGGAGUUCAGUUGUGGGCAGUUUCAACUGUUCUGCCUUAUUAUUAUUCGACCAUGCUGGUAAUUUAUGAACAUUUGAACAUCUUGGCCAUGUUCUGUUAUAAUCUCCACCCGGCACUGCCAGAAGUGGACUGGCCACCCCACAUAGCCUGGUUCCUCUCUAGGUUUCUUCCUAGGUUUUGGCCUUUCUAGGGAGUUUUUCCUAGCCACCUUGCUUCUACACCUGCAUUGCUUGCUGUUUGGGGUUUUAGGCUGGGUUUCUGUACAGCACUUUGAGAUAUCAGCUGAUGUACGAAGGGCUAUAUAAAUAAAUUUGAUUUGAUUUUGAUUUGGGCCUCCACUAGUAACAGGGGAACAGUAUGUCAAUGGGAUAUCAGCCAAUGGCAUUGCAAUGACAAGUGUCUGCCUUGUAAAGGAUGACAAUGUCUAUAACAGGCUAGUGAAAGUUGUAGUGAAAUUAUUUUCUAUUGGCCAAUGAGUUUUUAAUGCAUGAAAUAAUCACACAAGUCAAAACUGAUGUAGGCUUCUGUUUCCACACAACCAAGUUUCACUGUUGUAACCUGUUCGGUCCACUUGAGAGUUUGUUUCACUGGACACUUCUCAAUAUCAUGCUUCCCACGCAACGCAGCAUUAUAACCUAACGGUGAUGAUGAUGAGGGAAAGAGGAUAGUCCUGAGAACGUGUUAAGACAAGUGGGGCACACAGCCAGUCAGUGGCUUAAGCCUGAGAGCCGUACGGGAGACGGUCAACGAUGGUCUGUGGCUGGUUAGUUUGACAGAACCUUUGGUAAUAAGAUGCGCUGGAAUACUCUGCACAGGCACAUUCCCUGCUUGACCUAAAAUGGCAUGUCAUCGGUGCUUAUCCAUCUCCUACCUUAAGAGACUGUCAGAAGAGUAGUAAAGAUGUGGAUUUUGGGUAGUGGGUCACAUAAAUCCCUGGUAGUCUGUGGAUGUUCAAGAUGCCACUGCUAAGACUUCACACACCAACUAAUCUGGAGGGUAGAUAUAGGAAAGCUGUGGUAGGAUCAUCUUUUCACAAGCUACCAGAAAAGAAAACAUACUGAUAUACAUUAUGGUAGUGUGGUUUCAAAUUAGAGCCUAGUGAGGUCAAGAAUGAUAUGUUUUGCUUUAUGGAAAAUAAAAAAUGUGUUUUUACAAAACUACGGGGUAUCUUUCUGUUCGACAUUUCUUGUCUAUUUUAUCAAACAAAUUGUUAUCCAAGAAGUGUUUUGCUACAAGUUAUAGGUGCUUUUGGAUUACAUAAUGGUGACAACAAAGGUUACAAACAAAAUGUUUGCUUGUACAUACUGUAUGUAUGUAUGUCACGAGAUGGAUUCGUAGAUAAGUGGAUAAUUGGGUGGCGGGGCUGGUGUGAUCAGACGCAUAUCCAGCGAGUUAGCUAAUCGGAAGCUGGGGAUUGGCUGUCAUUUCCAUUCAAGGCUGUGUGUUUUGUGGUGUUCGAGGCUGGGAGUUGAGCGGAGAAUGUCCCUUGAAUGGGGAUCGGCCCCCUAUUCAAGGGAUCAUGUCUUGGACCAUUGCUGUGAUCACACUGGACCAGUGUCUAGUGGUUUCCGUUCCGUCUGUCUUACUCUCGUUUAGCACCGGAGACGGUUCCAUUGGUGAUGACAUCAAGCUGAGUCUCAGACCGGGCGCGUUCCAGGACAGGGAGCUUUACGGAUCUGGAUAUCGCCAUACAGAGACGUUUAUUUUAUUUUGUGGGGAUAUGAUCCUUGUCAGACCCUAGAAAUCUAAAACCUAUCCCGACCCUUUCUGUAUGUUGUCUGUCUUUCCCCCUCUUUAUUUUGUCCCAUAGCAGAUCGUCAGAGUAUAGCAGGGCCAAGGGUAGGUCCCAUUUAUGUGCAGAACCAGAGUCGAGAUUGCAGUGCUUUUCACUAUAUUAUUUGCAGUGCCUUCCAUUAGAAUAACUACAGUGGCUUGCGAAAGUAUUCACCCCCCUUGGCAUUUUUGUUUCCUUUCAACCUGGAAUUAAAUAGAUUUUUGGGGGGGGGUUGUAUUGUUUUUAUUGUUUAGCAAACAAGAAAUAAGACCCCAAAAAAUAGAACUUGAGUGUGCAUAACUAUUCACCUCACCCCCCAAAGUCACUACUUUGUAGAGCCACCUUUUGCAACAAUUACAGCUGCAAGUCUCUUGGGGUGUCUCUAUAAGCUUGGCACAUCUAGCCACUGGGAUUUGGAUGGGUUCCGCUGGUGUACAGCAAUCUUUAAGUCAUACCACAGAUUCUCAAUUGGAUUGAGGUCUGGGCUUUGACUAGGCCAUUCCAAGAUAUUUAAAUGUUUCCCCUUAAACCCCUCGAGUUUUGCUUUAGCAAUAUGCUUAGGGUCAUUGUAUUGCUGGAAGGUGAACCUCUGUCCCAGUCUCAAAUCUCUGGAAGACUAAAACAGGUUUUCCUCAAGAAUUUCCCUGUAUUUAGCACCAUCCAUGAUUCCUUCAAUUCUGACCAGUUUCCCAGCCCCUGCCGAUGAAAACAUCGCCACAGCAUGAUGCUGCCACCACCAUGCUUCACUGUGGGGAUGUUGUUCUCGGGGUGAUGAGAGGUGUUGGGUUUGCGCCAGACAUAGCACUUUCCUUGAUGGCCAAAAAGCUCAAUUUUAGUCUCAUCUGACCAGAGUAUCUUUUUCCAUAUGUUUGGGGAGUCUCCCACAUGCCUUUUGGCGAACACCAAACGUGUUUGCUUAUUUUUCUUUAUGCAGUGGCUUUUUUAUGGCCACUCUUCAAUAAAUCCCAGAUCUGUGGAGUGUACGGCUUAAAGUGGUCCUAUGGACAUAUACUCCAAUCUCUGCUGUGGAGCUUUGCAGCUCCCUCAGGGUUGUCUUUGGUCUCUUUGUUGCCUCUGAUUAAUGCCCUCGUUGCCUGGUCUGUGAGUUUUGGUGGGCGGCCCUCUUUUGGCAGGUUUGUUGUGGUGCCAUAUUUAUUCCAUUUUUUAAUAAUGGAUUUAAUGGUGCUCUGUGGGAUGUUCAAAGUUUCUGAUAUUUUUUUAUAACUCAACCCUGAUCUGUAUUUCUCCACAACUUUGUUCCUGACCUGUUUGGAGAGCUCCUUCGUCUUUAUGGUUCCGCUUGCUCGGUGAUUCCCCUUGCUUAGUGGUGCUGCAGACUCUGGGACCUUUCAUAACAGGUGUAUAUAUACACUGAGAUUAUGUGACAGAUCAUGUGACACCUAAAUAAAGUCCACCUGUGUGAAAUCUAACUAAUUAUGUGACUUCUGAAGGUAAUUGGUUUCACCAGAUCUUAUUUAGGGUCUUAGCAAAGGGGGUGAAUACACAUGCAUUUUUUGAAUUUUUUGAAACAAGUCAUUCUUUUCAUUUCACUUCACCAAUUUGGAGUAUUUUGUGUAUGUCCAUUACAUGAAAUCCAAAUAAAAAUCUAUUUAAAUUACAGGUUGUAAUGCAACAAAAGAGGAAAAACACAAAGGGGGAAGAAUACUUUUACAAGGCACUGUAUCUUGUUGCAGUGCCAUAUCCGAAUAAAUCAGUGUGCAGUAUGUUGCUGUGUCAUUUUUGCAUGCCAGCUAUUUACCUGAGGGAGUCAGAUGGAGGGUAACCUACCUGAGGGGAGGCUCUAUUAUGUCGACACUAUCGCACAGUCUGCUGUGGGAGAUGGGGAAACGGGGUCCGACCCAUGUUAACCCGUGAAUGGAAAAUGAAACGUACCUGUCCUGGUCUCCUGUGUUGGGGUUGUGUGCUGGAGAACAUUAAAUACUGUGUUGGGUGGAGUAAAAAGGGGUUCACACUUAACAGUGACACCUCUUUAAGUGGCGUUGGGUCGGCACGGUUUUUCCAUGCACACUUCUCUUGCACAGGGGACUAAUGAUCAGCGAGGGGAUGGAGCACAGGGGGCAGAAUGCUCUAUUCCUUCAGGGGCAUGCACUCUACCUCAGUAUACUCCUGUAGCAAUGCCUUGGUUCAUGUGUUCACCCUGGGUUCCCAAAUUUGCUGCUGAGAGUAGUGGACAGGUAGUGGCAAGCACAAAUGGAAGCAAUAUUGAGGGUGCAAGGAAUGGCAGAACAGCAGCAGAUUGAUUUCAUCAUGGGAGCUCUAGAUGGCCGUGCAAAGAGAAACCAUGUUUAGUUAAGCCCAGAGGAACUCACCUGCUUCUUUGUGGGCUGCAUUACAGGCCCGAUUUGGCAGCCUCUGACCCUACACCAACUCUCCAGUCCCACUUCUUUGACUGUAACCCGAGGGGAGAUAAGCCUAUGGGAGACUACCUCCUGUGCACAUGGGAGUUGUUUAGCCGAUAGCUCCCAUCAGAUCCGGCCGGAUAUGCCAAGGAUGAAUAAACUCUUAGGGACCAAUUCAGUACAGGUCUAAAGGAGGGCCCUGUGGAACAGGCGCUCCAAAAGUAUGCCUAGCGACAGCAAGGGAUGCCAUUAAGGUUAGUUAGAAGGCUGAGUCUCUGGCCAGAGAGAUGGAGGGAAAGGACUGCCAGGUUUGCCGUACUGUUCCCCAUACAAGUGGCACCCCAGCCGCUGUGAACCACUGCAGACUUUGAGCAAUGGAAGGAGAACAUGUGGUGAGCUAUGGCAGGAGAUGAAGGAGCAACUGAACAGCCUGGCAGAGACCCUAGUGAGAGGUCAUACAGCAGAAGUCUAAUUCAGCUGCGCCGCUUUCUCUAAUGGAAAGAGAACCCCAUUCCAGUGGGACUGACAGGGCAGACCCAUUUGUUUGGGGUGUAGACAGCCUGGCCACAUCAAAUGCUUCUGCUCCACCCAGAGAGAUGAACAGGCCCUUUUAAAAUAGGAAUCCCCUGGUUAGAUGUCGGGCUACAGGCACCAGGCAGGAGGAAAGCCCUGAGAAGUCAGCUGUUGUGGGAAACUGUCCUCAUAUAGAAGUGGAAGUAAUCAAAAUAAAAAAACAUGUACAGUUGAAGUCGGAAGUUUACAUACAUCUUAGCCAAAUCAAUUUACGCUCAGUUUUUCCUGACAUUUAAUCCUAGUAAUUCCCUGUCUUAGGUCAGUUAGGAUCACCACUUUAUUUUAAGAAUGUGAAAUGUCAGAAUAAUAGUAGAGAGAAUGAUUUCUUUCAGCUGUUAUUUCUUUCAUCACAUUCCCAGUGGGUCAGAAGUUCACAUACACUCAAUUAGUAUUUGGUAGCAUUGCCUUUAAAUUGUUUAACUUGGGUCAAACAUUUCAGGUAGCCUUCCACAAGCUCCCACAAUAAGUUGGGUGAAUUUUGGCCCAUUCCUCCUGGCAAGACUGGUGUAACUGAGUCAGGUUUGUAGGCCUCCUUGCUCGCACAUGCUUUUUCAGUUCUGCCCACAUAUUUUCUAUAGGAUGAGGUCAGGGCUUUGUGAUGGCCACUCCAAUACCUUGACUUAAGCCAUUUUGCCACAACUUUGGAAGUAUGCUUGUGGUCAUUGUCCAUUUGGAAGACCCAUUUGCGACCAAGCUUCAACUUCCUGACUGAUGUCUUGAGAUGUUGCUUCAAUAUAUCCACAUAAUUUUAUUUCCUCAUGAUGCCAUCUAUUUUGUGAAGUGCACCAGUCCCUCCUGCAGCAAAGCACCCCCACAAAAUGAUGCUGCCAUCCCCGUGCUUCACGGUUGGGAUGGUGUUCUUCGGCUUGCAAGCCUCCCCCUUUCCUCCAAACAUAACUAUGGUCAUUAUGGCCAAACAAUUCUAUUUUUGUUUCCUCAGACCAGAGGACAUUUCUCCAAAAAGUAUGAUCUUUGUCCCUAUGUGCAGUUGCAAACCGUAGUCUGGCUUUUUUAUGGCAGUUUUGGAGUAGUGGCUUCUUCCUUGCUGAGCGGCCUUUCAGGUUAUGUUGAUAUAGGACACGUUUUACUGUGGAUAUAGAUACUUUUGUACCCAUUUCCUCCAGCAUCUUCACAAGGUCCUUUGCUGUUGUUCUGAGAUUGAUUUUCACUUUUGCAGCAAAGUACGUUCAUCUCAAGGAGACAGAACGCGUCUCCUUCCUGAGUGGUAUGACGUCUGCGUGGUCCUAUGGUGUUUAUACUUGCGUACUAUUGUUUGUACAGAUAAACAUGGUAAGUUUAGGCGUUUGGAAAUUGCUUCCAAGGAUGAACCAGACUUGUGGAGGUCUACAAUUUUUUUUCUGAGGUCUUGGCUGAUUUCUUUGGUUUUCCCAUGAUGUCAAGCAAAGAGGCACUGAGUUUGAAGGUAGGCCCUGAAAUACAUCCACAGGUACACCCCCAAUUAACUCAAAUGAUGUCAAUUAGCCUGUCAGAAGCUUCUAAAGCCAUGACAUCAUUUUCUGGAAUUUUCCAAGCUGUUUAAAGGCACAGUCAACUUAGCGUAUGUAAACCUCUGACCCACUGGAAUUGUGAUAUAGUGAAUUAUAAGUGAAAUAAUCUGUCUGUAAACAACUGUUGAAAAAAUUACUUUUGUCAUGCACAAAGUAGAUGUCCUAUCCGACUUGUCAAAACUAUAGUUUGUUAACAAGAUAUUUGUGGAGUGGUUGAAAAACUAGUCUUAAUGACUCCAACCUAACUGUAUGUAAACUUCCGAUUUCAACUGUAUGUUGGAUACGGUGUCUAAUGUAACAGUGUUUAGUUUUCAGAAGUGGUUUGUUCAUCUCCCUAUGCAAGAUUCUUCAGAUCUCCGCCGGCUCACGUUGAAGGCAGCCAAUUGCCUACACAUCCCCUUUGUCGGCUAUGCGGUCGUGGAUUUUGUAGUUGGAGGAGUGCAAGUUCCAGGGUUGUGAUUGUGAUGACCGUCAUAGGCUAAUGCUGGAAGGAGCUGUUCGAAGGAGUCUCACUGGGUUCAACGCCACUGUGGGUAGCUGCCAGGAAGGAGUGGCAGAAUGCUUUCGCUGUCUGCAGACGAGUCAUGCAGACCGAUGAGCAUGAUGGGGGACCAGGUACUGCAUGCCUGUCCAAGAGAGACCCCAAUGGGAUCCCAGCUAGCAGUGAAAAGUUGCUGUGGGCUGGAGUUGUUGGUGAGACCUCCUCCAAAGACUGCUAAACCCUGGUGGAGGAUACUGAUGAUGGAGUUGUGUGGCAAGAGUGCAAGGAGAAAGGCUACCCUUUUGACUGCUGAAUUGAAACCCUUACCCCCUUGUUACCCUCUUGGAGCCUUCUCAGAUCUGUGGAGAGUGGGACCUGGUGCUACGCACCCAGACACCAGGUGAAGUUGAGGUGGAUGUGCAGACAGUUCAGUUACAUUCUGAUGGCCAACCCCCUGUAAACUUCCAACCGGUAAAGGGAGCCAACACAGCAACAAAGGCUCCAUGCUCUCCUAUCCCAUUGGUCAAGUGUGUUCUCUGCCCAUGAGGAGGAUUUUGCUAAGGCUGAUGCUGUCCUACAUCACAUUCCCACAGGUACUGUCCACCCCCCUUAGCCUAGAGAGACACCAGCCAAUUUCACCAAGCCUGUACGCAGAGCUCAGACUCCAACGGGCAUGGAUGCUAGUCUGGGGUAAUCACAGAAAGCUUGAGUCCCUGAGCUGACUUCUUUCACCACACCCUUGGGGCUGUUUGAGUUCUCUGGCAUGCCCUUUGGACUCUGCAACGCCCCUGCCACCUUCCAGAGCCUCAUGCAGAAAUGUCUAGGAAGCAAGGUAAACAACUUUCUUUUGAUCUACUUCAUGGUAUUAUCUACUCAACUGACUUUUACACCCAUCUAGAUUAGGUGUUCAAGAGGCUUGCCAAGCAUGUCCUGAUAUUACAGCCUACGAAAUGUCAGCUCUGGCAGAGGGAGGUGGUCUACUUGGGGCAUGUGGUGAGUCAAGCAGUGCCCCAAUUCUGGCAUAUGCCGACUUCAGUAAACCAUUUCUCGCCUACACUGACGCUAGAUUGAGGGGCCUUGGGGCAGUGCUGUCCAAGGUGACAAGGAGAGAGUAAUUUCCUAUGCCAGACCGAGCCUGUCUCCUCUGGAGAGGAAUGAUCAGAACUAUAGUUCAGUCAAACCUUGUAUGGGCAGUGACUAAAAUAUCCAGAGACUACCUGUGAGGGGCGAAGUUCACAGUUUACACAGAAAACAACCCCCUGGUCCACCUAAACUGCAAAACAGGGGUCAGUUGCACAGCACUGGGUGGCCCAGCUGUACAGUUUCCAGUUUUCUGGUGAAGUACCACCCCAGUUGCUCUACCAGACUGCUGAUUUUCUCUCCAGAUUAUCCAGCACGGACAGGCAGGUGUGUCUGAUUCAACAGGAGCAUCAAUACCUUCUAUCAUUAGCAGAGAGGGUCAACCGAGCUGAAAGGCCCAAAUGGAGGCAAAGGGGCCUGUAAGCGGUUUAAUCAAACAUUGUUAUCUCUCCUUGGGUCCCUGGGGCAAGAUGAGCAGAUGGGUUGGUCAGAGCAGUUACCUAUACUUCUCCAGGCAUACAAAAACACUGAACAUGGCAGCACCAGUCUUACCCCAUUCUUUGUAAUGAGUGGCAGGCAUGCCGGUCUUCCUGUUGAUGUGACUUCAGGUGUGGAGGCCAAGACACUGCAGAUGGACCUUGAUGGAUGGCUGAGGCACCAUCAUGACCAGCUACAACUGGUCUACAGUCAGGUCGAGGCAUGGACCCGACAUUAGCAGGAGCGAGAACAAACAGCGGUACAACAAGCGGAGAAAGGACCUUCCAUUGAUGGCUGGUGACCGGGUGCUCCUGCAGAACUUCCGAUGACAAGAUCAGGGUAAAAUAGCCCCCCCGAUGACAGCCGCAGUCUUUUGUCAUUCUAGGACACCUUCGGCCUGGACUGGCAGUCUUUUGUGUCCGACCAGAGGGAGGAGACCAAAAGGGGCCAUUCAUCUGAACCAUGUGCAGCCUUGCCCCUAACGACCUUCAGACCGCUCCCAGAUGCAACUCAUGGGUGGUUGCCCUGAUGACGAACUGGAGCUGUGGAGUUGAGUGGCGAUCCGAGAGCAGAGGACCUAGAGAGGCAUUGGUACGGCACAAGUAAGGGACGUGUUCCAUUUUCACCAAUCUUGCUCUCUCUGGGCUGUUUUGCCCUGCCACUGAAACCCACUAUUGUUGGCAUGUUUCCCUGCUGUCUGUCUUCCUCUUGUUUAGCACCGGAGGCGGGUCCAUCGGUGACGUCGCCAAGCAGAGUCUCAGACCAGGCGCGCUCCAGGACAGGGAGCUAUGCCGAUCUGGAUAUCGCCAUACAGAGACGUUUAUUUUAUUUUGUGGGGAUAUGGUUCUUGUUGGGCCCUAGAAAUCGAGAAUCUAUCCCAACCCUUUCUGUAUGUUGUCUUGUCUGUCUUUCACGCUCCUUAUUUUGUCCCAUAGUAGUAGAGUCCUUCAAAGGGCUUGGCAGAGUCGAGCAGGGCCAAGGGUUGGUCCCAUAUUGUAUGCAGCACCAGAGCGACAUUGUAGUGCCUUUCACCAUAUUGUUUGCAGUUCCUUCCAUUAGAAUAACUAUCUUGUUGCAGUGCCAUAUCAGAAUAAUUCAGAUUGUGUCCCUUUUGCAUGCCCGCUAUUUACCUGAGAGAGUCAGACGGAGGAUAACCUACCUGAGUGGAGGCUCUAUUGUGUCCGAUCCAUGUUAACCCAUGAAUUUAAAAUGACUUACCUUGAGCAUACUUACCUGUCCUGGUCUUGUGUGUUGGGGUUGUGUGCUGGAGAAUAUUCAAUUAUCAAGUCUACUCCUGCAACUCCCCUCCGGCGUACAAUGUCGCCAGAGUACUAACCACCGGUCCUGGGAAUCAUCAUUACGCACACCUGGUACUCAUCAUUACACACACAUGUGAAUCAUUAUGAUUCAUACCUGGACUCCAUUACCUUCCUAAUUUCCUCAUAUUUGUAUGUCAGUCUCCCAUUUUCACUCACCAGUUGGUAUUGUUCUUGUUUAUCGGCAUACUGCCUUAUGUUAGUGUCGUGUUCUUAGUUUUGUUGUUUGAUUAAAAUGUUUCACCUGCACCUG